UUCCAAUGAAAACCUAACAAUGAAUCACUGAGCUGCGAGAGGUGACAAACUGAAGGUCUGACCACAGGUGCUGCUGUCAUCAUCCUGAAAAUAACACGCCAUGUUCCGGAAAGAGCGACCCUCUUUAAUCGACCGCAGCGCACGGCUGAUCGUCAUUUUAUGAAUUUCAAAGCAGCGACCGUCGUCGGACUGUCUGCCAUUUUCUCCCAGAAGUUUUCCAGGCAAGUUCAUUUUCAGUGAUGGCAGUGCCAGGGUCAGGUGGGUCUAUCCUGCUGGCCUGGCUUUCCAUUUUUCUUUGCUGCAUCAACCACCUGGAUGGUUGCACAACUGGCACACCCAACGAAUGCAAAGAAGCUGACUUUGUGCCAGGGUACAACCUGGCGGGUGAAGGCUUUGAUGUGGUCAAAAUGCAGCGCAAAGGCUCCUAUGUGAUCAACACCAAUGACUGGAAGAAAAAGGACCGUACCUGCACCAUCUGCAAGAACAGCCUGAUGGACAAUGCCGUGCAGAAGCUGCCCCUUUCCAUGGUCGACUGGCGGGUGGCUCCCUUGUGUAAUAACAAGUUGUCCAGCACGGUCUAUCAGUCAAGUGAAAGCCUGGUGAGCUCCAGCACCUCAAGCAUAGAGAACAACUGGAAAGCUGAACUGAACAUCAAGGUCAAACCUGAACUGGAAGGGCGUCUCAUGAUUGGGGGCACCCAGUCGAAACUUUCUGAGUAUACGAUGGAGAAGUCCAAGAAUGACAAGUAUGCCUUCACGAGCCAUGAAGUGUCCUGCCGAUAUUACAGUUACAGGGUGGUGGCAGAGCCAAAGCUUCACCCAGAAUUCCAGCGUACACUGAGGAAGCUGCCGAAGGUUUUUGAUGAAAAGAGCAAGAAAGCAUAUGAAAAAGUCAUCGAAACGUUUGGCACACAUUACAUCAAACAGGUUCAACUGGGAGGAAAGAUCAGGAGCGUCACCUCCAUUCAGACUUGUAAAGCUGCUUUAAAAGGUCUGAACGUGGACGACGUCAAAGACUGCCUGGAUGCUGAAGCCUCCGCGACUGUCGGGGACAAGGUUAACAUGAGAAGCGAAGUUCACCACUGCAAAGAGUCCAAAAAGAAAGGCGAAUCCCAGCAGAGCUUCCACAACACCUUCAACGAUCGUGAAACCCAAGUGUUUGGUGGCAAAUUCUCCAGCCCCGACUUGCUCUUCUCCGCAUCCACGGAUCCCAGUGCUUAUCAAGAGUGGCUCGAAAGCCUCAGGACCCAGCCAGACGUCAUCGCCUACUCUCUGGAGCCCCUGUCCAGUCUGGUCCGCUUCAAAGGCCCCCUGAAAGAAAAUCUACGACAAGCUGUGAGCCACUACGUCCUGGAGAAUGCCCUCCUGAAGAACUGCUCGAGCGUUUGUGCGGUGGGAAGCAGAAGUCCGGCACGUGAUUCAUGCAACUGUGUCUGUCACAGCAACAAUAUGGUCAACUGCAUGUGUUGUCCCACCCAAAAGGGUCUCGCUAAGAUUACUGUGACUGUCAAGAGGGCGACUGGACUCUGGGGGGAUUACCACAGUCAAACAGAUGCCUUUGUAAAGGUUUUUCUGGACCAAAGGGUCGAAACGACUAAUGUGAUCAUGGAAACAAAUGACCCCAGGUGGAACCGCCAGUUCGACAUGGGGUAUGUUAAUCUUGCAAUGGUAGGCCAGCUGAAGUUUGAAGUUUGGGAUGAAGAUAACAAGUGGGAUGAUGACCUCCUGGGCAGCUGUACCGUGCCUCUUGAGCAGGGGCCGAAGGAGUCCCUCUGUACCCUGAACCACGGCUCUCUCUAUUAUUCAUACAAGGUGGAGUGUGGGCCGAGCCUGGGGGGAGCGACAUGCUCUGAUUACAUCGCCAGUCCCAUGCACACCAACCUGAAGAAGAUCUUCGUGUCUAGAAACUCUGUGCGGGUCCCCCAAAAGGUCCUCUUGUCAAUGGGGGUCGGCUUCUUCAGCGCGGCUGCCAAUGCCAGCACCAGCGUGACAGGGACGGAGGGCCAUUGAAAGAUCACAAAACAGAAGGCCAUUUAGCAACCACUUCUUACUUCUUGUUUUACUCUUCAUAAAACAAAUCUGGAGCAGAAGAUCAAAUCUAAAUGCGUGCUUAACAAAUUAAACCCAGCUUGGAACGUACAGCCCUGGAGAUCCAACUGAACGUCAGCCUCUUCAUCUAAUUGCUCUUCUGUGAAAGUUUCCUAUUUGGGGGCCAAAUUAGCCAGCGACUGUCUGCAGUAACAGGAGUGCAGCUGGCGGCAUUUGAAAUUUCUGAAACAGCCUGCAAUGAGGACCACCAAACCUGCUCAUUGAGGGGCAGGAGUGCAGUGGAUGGAAAAAGCAACAUCUUUGAGACAAAUAUAGGAAUGAGUGACUGCCUGUUUCAUGUUGUACUAAUGAAAUCUAUCUAUCUAUUAUAUAGUGCCUUUUCUAUCUAUCUAUUAUAUAGUGCCUUUUCUAUCUAUCUAUUAUAUAGUGCCUUUCAUAUCUAUCUGUCUAUCUAUCUCUGUUAUAUAGCACUGUACAAAAGUCUGAGCACGCUGUUUUUAGCGUCAUCACGUUCACUGGUUAUGCUUGAGCAUGCGCAGGUGUUAUUUUUGUAUUUGAUGCGCAGAAACGCUGGACUUCCAGGAGUCUGCACGUUGCUGCAUUUGUGUUUUUUUUUUUUUAUUUUUUAUUUUUACUUCGUGUGCGUCUCUCUGAUGUAAGUUAAACGCUUUGUUGUUAAUUUUAUUAGAAAUAUAAGAGUUUUUCUGCAAGUAAUGAUGAAGCUCUUAACGACAUAUUCAGGCAACCCUUUAUGUGGUGUGAAAGUGUGUUCAGUUCAACGUUUAAAACUGUAUAAAGUACACUCAGAAAUGUUUUUUCUUUAUUAAAAUACUGGAGCUUUUCGAGAGCAGACUUGGUAGUGCCAGUUUAAGUAAUGAUGUUUUCGAGUCUACAGUGCUAACGCAUCUGGAAACUUUUAUUCAGCGCCUUUGCCAACGACGGCGCGUCAUAGCGCUCUGUUAAUGUCUACCGCCAUCUACUGACCUUUUUAGGUAUUACCAGUUUUUAGCAUUCUGUGAGCUUUUACAGUAUUUCUGUUUAUUUUAUGUUAUUGUAUUUAUUCAGUUUUAGAAACCACACACACGCACAUUUAUCUGCAUAUAGAUAUUUAACUCUGCCAUGCCAUUGCAACGAAUCCUUCCUUUGCAAAGUUCAGCAGUUAAUUGAGUCAUUCUACAUUAAUUCUGGUCUGCUUCUUCCUUCUUAUCAGAGAUGAGGAUUUGGUGCCACAUACACACCAGUUUGACACACGCACUGUUUAACUAGCACCUUUCUAUUUUUUUCAUAUAGUACCUUUCACAUUUAUUUAUUAAAUCAUAUCUUCUGCAUCUAUUCAUCAAUUAUAUAGUGCCUUUCACAUCUUUCUUUAAUAUGGUGUUUUUCACAUCAAUUUAUGCUUAUAAUACAGCAUCUCUCACACCUAUUUGUUACACAGUUAUCUGUUAUAUAGUGCCUUUCACAUCUAUUUAUUUUAUAGUGCCUUUCACAUAACCAUUUUACUUUUCUCUAUCUAAUCUGCAUUUCAUAUGUUAUAGAAUUAUUUAUUUCAUAGUGUCUUUUACCUGUCCAUCAUUCUGUCUUUUAUGUAGCACAUCUGAGUGUUCUAUCUAUCUAUCUAUCUAUCCCUGCCGAUUAGAUAGAUAGAUAUGAAUUUUAAUAUAUCUGUCUAUCAAACAAACAACAGACACAGAAGAAAUGAUUAUAGGUAUAGUAACAAAGACAACUUCAAUGGUUUAUGUUUCCAAACAUGGCUGAGCUUUUGAGUAUAUUCUGUUUUUAUAACAGUAUUUUUAAAUAUUAUGUCUUAAUAAAAUUAAUUCAUAUUUGAAA